AUGGCUUCGGCUACUUUAUCACAUAUGGAUACCCACAAACAAACUCAAUCUACAUCUCAAUUAAAAACCAACAACCUACCAAAAUCAUUCGCAGAAACCACAGCCAACAAUAUUUUUCCAAAAAAAGAACAAGCUAUUGUUCUAAACACAAUUAACGACAUAGCCCAAAUCGAAUAUAUUAAAGCUCUCGGAAAAAUCACUUCUACCAAAAACAUCUCAUUUGCAUCUCGCAUAUCUAACAACCGUUUUUGUGUGUAUUUCACGGACAAGCUCAUCGUCGAUGAACUAGUUAAAAAUUAUUCAUUUAUAUCAAUAAACGAACACCAAAUAUCUUUUCGCCGGUUGGUCAACCCAGCAAAAAGAUUUAUCAUCUCUAAUGCACAUCCGAUAAUUCCUCAUGAAAUAAUAAACGAACAACUAUUAUUAGAAGGUAUCAAAACCGUAUCCCAGAUAACAUUUCUUAAAGCUGGUUUUCACGAUGAGCUGGCACAUAUUAGUAGCUUUCGUCGUCAGGUAUAUAUACACCCCGAUGAUAUUGCUAAUGUACCCGGUUCAAUGGUCAUUAAAUACGACAACACAGAAUUUAGAAUCUUUUUAACAGAUGAUACACUGACAUGUUAUGUAUGUCACCAAUCCGGACAUACAUCCUCUUUCUGUAAAAAAAAUAAAAACAAUAACCAUGAUAGCUCUAGUUGUACACUAGCCCCAAUAAGUGGGGGGGAUAGUGCAUUACCUAAUAACAUAAGCUGCACUCAAAUGAUAAUCCCAACCUACGAGAAAGUAAAUGACACCCAGGUCAACAGUAUCAAUUUCAACAGCACUCAAGAGACAAAUCUAAUCUGUGAGAUAGUUAAUGACACCCAGGACCCCAACACAAACCUUUCAAAACCACUCAAUCCUUACAAUGUAACAAGUAUUCCAAACGAACCAAUCAAAAGACCUCCUCCAUCACCAACUAAUUCUUCAGCACCUUCAGUCACGCCACUCCAUAUUGAUCAACAAAUUAAGGAGAUCUCUGAUCAGCCGAAAACCAUAAGAGAUAAACUAUUAGAUUCCAACAAAACCAAAAGCAAGGCCCUCGAAUCAUCAAAAAAAAUUAAAAAAUGCAGUUCACUUGAAAAUCUUCACACUAAACUCAAUGAAGGGCUCAAACCCGCCGAAGGUCUUUUUUCAAAUAAUUUAGAAAUUCCUAUAUCGUAUUCACAAUACAUUUAUAUAAUGGAGAACUUCACUAAUAAAGCCAUAAAUAUACAUUCUCUGUGUGAGGAAGUCAAUGUUGACAUCCACAUACUCCAAAAAAUAACUGAACAAGUUAAACCAAUGAUAACUGAUAGAUAUGUAAAAAAUAAGCUCUCCAAACUGCUAACCCUUUUAUUUCAAACUCUUCCACUACAAUAG